GCACAACAUUAACAUCAUUUCCGGCAUCAUGGUCGCCAAAACAUUGGCAAACAUUUUCCAACUUGCAUUUUUGAGGUGCUGCUUUGGUAAUUUGGAUCCAUAGGAUCCCAAAAUACUGUGGCAUAUCGUACACAUUUUCGCGUUUGUGUUAAAAUAUGUUUUUCAACAGCUGGUAAUUGGAUGUAAACUUUGGCUUGCAGAUGAGUGUUACUAUGCAAAGGGCAACCUUGCGAUACCGGAGCCCGUCGUUCCACUAAUGGAACAAACACUACUUAUUGUAAACCGUACGGUGUUCAACACAGAUGUUCUCUGGUAUUACUCAUGUCUUGCAGUUCUGGCUCCAAUACAAAAAUGUCCAGUCCGAAUGUAAGCGCGAUGGCAGUGACACCAGGGACCGUGGAUAAGCAGAUGAGCCCUGAGUUAUUUGAGGUUUUUGGAGAGAUUUGGAAUGUGCAGACUCGUUUGGGUCAGGGCGUCUCGGCCUCGGUGUAUCGGGUCAGCUCCGGCCGGGCGAGUUCUGCUGCGGUGAAGGAGUUUCAUCUAGACACACAGGGUGGAGAUUACGGGUACCACAAGGAAAGAUCUGUGCUGGAGAGCAUCCAGGGACAUAAACAUAUAGUGACUUUGUAUGGAGUUUUCACCAAUCACAACCCAUUUGGUGUGGCCACUCAUUGCCUGUUGCUGGAGCUUUUGGAUGCAAGUGUUUCAGAAUUGCUGGUCAGGGUCAGCAAUCAGGGUCACUCCAUGUGGUUGAUUCAGCACUGUGCCCAUGACAUCUUGGAGGCCCUUGUCUUUCUACACAAAGAAGGCUAUGUGCAUGCUGACCUGAAGCCCCGCAAUGUUCUCUGGAGUGCUGACGAUGAGUGCUUUAAGCUAAUUGAUUUUGGCCUUAGCUUUAAAGAGGAACACCAGGAUGUGAAGUACAUUCAGACAGAUGGGUACCGGGCGCCUGAAGCUGAGCUGCAGAACUCGCUGGUCCGGGCAGGUCUGAAGGGCAACUUGGGCUGUACAACUGCUGUGGACCUGUGGAGUCUGGGCAUCAUUCUACUGGAGAUGUUCUCAGGAAUCAAACUGAAAGAAACUGUCAAGUCUCAGGAAUGGAAGGAUAACAGUUCUGCAAUAGUAGAUCAGAUCUUUUCAAGCAAUGCUUUGGUUUACCCGGCUAUCCCUGUCUACCAUUUGAGGGAUCUGAUUAAAAGUAUGCUUCACAAUGAUCCUAAACUCCGAAGCACAGCUGAAGCUGCAUUAAUCAACCCUUUCUUCAGUAUUCCCUUUGCACCUCAUAUUGAAGAUUUGGUUCUGUUGCCUACACCUGUCCUAAGACUACUAAACGUAAUAGAUGACAGUCACCUGAAUAAUGAGGAUGAGUAUGAAGAUAUAAUAGAGGACAUGAAAGAAGAAUGUCAGAAGUAUGGCACUGUUGUAUCAUUACUGAUCCCAAAAGAGAAUCCCGGCAAGGGUCAGGUGUUUGUGGAGUAUGCAAAUGCCGGAGACUCCAAAGAAGCCCAGAGACUGCUGACCGGUCGAACGUUUGAUGGCAAGUUUGUGGUCGCUACGUUUUAUCCACUGAGUGCCUAUAAGAGAGGUUACUUAUACCAAACCGUGCAAUGAGAGGCUGCACGCACCCCUCUGUUCACACUUCAAAAUAUAACUUUGCAAUCAUGUGACUUUUUACCCACGUGGUGUGUAUCAAUCCACUUUAAUAUUUAUUUACAUGUGUCACUCAAUGCUCUUGUGAAAUAUAGGCACAUAUGAAGUUUAUUUUGGGUGUGAAAAGGAGUAAAGAUUUAGUGCCUGCUUCUACUUUUUCACUUCUAGAACACACCAUGAAAAGACAAUUUAUAUUUGAGGUGUGAUUGCUGUUUGCCAGACAUUCAAUUCUUAUGCUUCAAUACCUUGUUGUUGUACUUUGUUUUUGCAGUGCCAUUGAUGUGCUGCUUUGGUUUACACUGCCUUUUAAAACCUCAAAUCAAUUUAGAGACUUUCUUUACUUGGUCCUCAAAUGUCUACAAUUCCAAAAUGGGUAGUUUUUUUUCCCCUCUUGUUAAUUUGUGUGUGUGUGUGUGUGUGUGUGUGUGUGUGUGUGUGUGUGUGUGUGGUGAUGAUGUAGGUAUGUCCAGUAAUUAUCGCACAUUUAUAAACUACUGGUGAAAUAAACUGGCCUCCAUGCACAGUGGCAUGGUUAACCAUAGCGUUUGACUUGAUCAUGAGGGCUGUUGAAUCACAUGGGAUGGCUUGCUUUAUGAAUAAUUCUUAAAGUAAUAGUUCACCCAAAAAAUAAAUUUAUCUCAUCAGUUACUCACCCUAACGACAUCCCAAAUGUGUAUGACUUUCUUUGUUCUGCACAACACAAAGAUUUUUAGAAAAAUAUGUCAGCACUGUAGGCCCAUAAAAUGCAAGUGAUUGGUGUCCAGAACUUUGAAGGUCCAAAAAGCAUAUAAAGGCAGCAUAAAAUUAAUCCAUAUUACACCAGUGGUUAAAUCUAUAUCCUCAUAAUAUGAUUGGUGUAGGUGAGAAACUUAAGUAAUACAUUUUUAAGUAAUUUCUUACUAGAAAUCUCCAAUUUCUUUUUGUUUUUGGCAAUUUUUGUUUUCUUCGUACAUAUCACCUACUGGGCAGGGAGGAGAAUUUAUAGUUAAAAAGCCCUUAAAUGUUGAUCUGCUUCUCACCCACAUCGAUUUAAACACUGGAGUUGUAUUGAUUACUUUUUUGAUACCUUUAUUUGUUUUUUGGACCUUCAAAGUUUUGGUCACCAUUCACUUGCAUUGUAUGGACCAAUAGAGCUGAGAUAUUCUUCAAAAAUGUUUCAUUUGUGUUCAGCAGAAGAAAGAACCUCGUACACAUCUGGGACGGCACGAGGGAGAGUAAAUGAUGAGGGAAUUUUCAUUUUUGGGUGAACGAUCCAGAUAAGUGAAUUUUCUUCAUUCAGGGUUGUUGACUGAAAAGAGUCCAAGUCUAACACAAAAGCCACAACUUAUGUCUCUUCAAAAAAAGUUUGACGCUCUGGAGAUGUUUAAUAAACAAUAUUCGUUUUGCUUGAAUUCCAAAUGUACAAUAUUCUUUUGUCAUUAUUAAAGGGAUAGUUACCCAAAAAUAAAAAUUCUGUCAUCAUUUACUUACCUUCAUGUUAUUGCAACCCUUUAAAUGUUUGUUUCUUCAGUGGAAAACAAAAGGAGAUGGAAGAUAGAAAAAGGACUUUCUGACUUCUAGAUAGAAAAAAGAUAGAAAAAACUUUCUGACUUCUGCUUGGCACAACAUGAUUUUGAUUAAAUUAAUACAGAAUUUUCAUUUUUGGGUUAAGUCAGUUGUACACGAGUGUUUUCAGAAGAAAUUACUCUAAACACCUAAGUUGUAGCACAUUGUAUGUUGUGCAAAGCGUAUACUUCCAUAGCACACAUUUGUACAGGACAAGGAAGAAAUAAUCCAGUCUAUAUCUUUAUUUGGCUGGACUGCAACUGUGAAUACUAUUGCGCUAACACAAAAAAUGCUGUUUUUAACACCCACAGGCUAAGAUUUUUUUUGUGGAUUUUACUCUUUUAAUAAUAAUGGUGAGUGAUUUUACUAUCGUAACAGGCUUUUCCAGUUAUGAUAGUUCCUGUUAUUGUUGUGUUUUACUCUCAGCUUGUCUGUGAUUGAUUGCAUGACAUAUUGAGUCUUUAAAACUACUACAAAGCUUUCUAAAAACAACAGCACAGUAGGUUAAAAGAUGAUUCUUAUUUAAAGGACGUAAUGAGUGCUGUCUUUGAGUUUGUCAGUCUUCCUGUUUAUUUUGUAUCUACUUAUUCUGAGCUACCAACCAUACUGCAAAGCCAUCCUCUUCUCUGUCCUGCAGUCUAGAAUUAUUUUCAGUUCAAUUAUAUUCAUUGCAAGUUUGUGAGCUCUGAUAUUAUAAGUGUAGAAGAAAAUAUAAGGAAAGGCCAGGUUGUUUUCCUAAAUGCAGAUGUAAAUAAUAAUUCAAAAUUUAAAGGAACAGUUCACCAAAAAAAUAAAACCGUCAUUAUUUACUCACCCUCAUUUUGUUUCAACCAUAUAUGACUUUAUUCCAUGAAACAGGAGAAAUUUAGAAUAAUGUUGAUGUUUUUGAUGUUUUUAUACAAUUAAAGGUGAAUGGUAAAUGAGGCUGUCAAUCCCUAACGUCUCCUUUUGUGUUCCAUGGAAGAAAGUUGAAUUUGGAACAACAUGAGGAUGAGUAAAUAAUGACAAUUUUCAUUUUUGGGUGGUUAUAAACGCAUUGCCCUCUAUUAUUUGUUUUCUUGCUAGAUGAGGCAUCUCACAUGAAUUGGAUGGUAUUGUUGGCGUAGUUUUUCUUUUUUUGCAAAUGUUGUAGGGUUUUUACCAUUGUGAAAGGGCACUUUGGUUGAACUGCAAUGCAUAAUCUGAGUGUCUGUCAUUACCGAUCUGGGAAAUUUACAUUGCUAAAAUUCUUACCCUGAGCCUGGAGAAAAAUGGAUCAAAAUUUUAUUUAGUAGUAUUUUUUUAUUUGACUCACUUUGCGAGUGGAGAUGAUAAUGUAUUAGAAAAUUAUGGAGAUGAUAAUGUAUUAGAGAAAUAUGGAGAUGAUAAUGUAUUAGAAAAUUAUGGAGAUGAUAAUGUAUUAGAGAAAUAUGGAGAUGGUACUGUCCAGAUGAGGAAAAUAUCUGACAUGGUUUUUGCUUUGAAAUUUCUGUUACUAAGACAUUUGAUAUUGUUAAUGUUGAAAUGCAGUCAGUAGCCAUGUUUCCACUAAUUACUUAUUGUAAGUAAUUACUGUUAUGUAUAUUAAUUAUACAUUAAUAUUAAUGUAAUAUUUAAUGUAGAAUAUUAAUGUUAUGUAAUGCAAAAGUAGUCUUGAGGCCUCUAGUCUUGAGGUAAGUCAUGUUGCAGAGAUACUAAUUUACAAUAAGGAGAUUGUUUCCAUGUAAUCUUUUUACAUUCUGUUUGAGCCAGAGAAUACUAACAGUGAGUAAAUAUGUUUUUUGGGUGUUGAACAAUAACAUAAUAAUAAACAGAAUUUAUAAUAUGAUUUACAAUACAAAAUUUGUAAAUACAUUGGAACCAUUCAGGAAAUAGAAUAGAGCCGUUAAGUUUGUGAAUGUGGUGUAGUUCUAAUAUAAGUAUAUACAUGUGCUCACUUAUCAGGUAAUAAAGAUUGAGAAAGGGAUAUUUAUGUAGUUCUAAUGAGAAAUACUGACAAUUCAGUUAAUGUGAAGACCUCUCAAUAUGGGGCAUUAUGUACUUUAGGUGAAGUCUCUCCACCAGAUAAUGAAAAUAUUAAUAUCUCAGCAGGGGAUGCAAAAUUAGUGACUUAAGAAAUUGAGAAUAGCAAUACUACUUAAUCCUGUUUGUAUCAUAAGCAGCUGUUUAUUUACAAGCUAAUUAAUCAAAUCUGAAUCCAAAAUAAACUACACCAUUUAUGACACUUCUCUCUAGAAUGAAGCCCUUCAAAUGAAAGGAAUAUUUUUAUCCUCAAGUAAUAUCAUCAAAGCUGCUCAAAUAUAGCCCCCUCUAACAUUUUCAGGGCUUUCACAUUUAAAAAGCACCAAAGAUUUUCCACCAUAAUUCAGAUAAACGCUGCAUUGCAUCAUUUCAUGCUGCCUUACAUUUAUCUAUUUAUUCAGUUUGUGCUGUAGUAAUGCCACAUUAAGUAAUUAAGAAAAGUGCCAAAAAUAGUUUUAAGUUUUUCAAAGCCUUGCUUUUUUCACCAGCAACUUUGGAGAAAUACCCAAUGCUGCAGGAAAGCUAUACAUUUUUUUUUCUUCAGAAAUGCCUUUUGCAAACAGCCGGUUAUGGCCAGAUUUGUGUCGGAAACAUUAAACAAACAAAAAAAUUCAAUAAGGGGUCAGUCAUCCUAAGAACAGAGUGCCAGAGUCAGGAUGGCCUUUGUGUUUGUGUAGUGAGUAAAGGGCCUCCCAAGAGAAAACACUACAGGGUGUAAUCACAGACCAGCAUGGGAGUGAAAUGCUCUUUGGGUCUUAAUAACCUGAGAAAGGUUGGAGAACAAAUUUGGCUGCUGGUUUAGUGAUUUGUUAGGGAAGUAGAAAUUCUUACAAGUUUUUGAGGCCAUGAGUAGAACUGGUUCAUCUGGUUUAAUGCAGUUCAUUUUCAUGUCCCCAUCGCGUGCGUGUGUGUGUGUGUGCGCACGCCGAUCAGCCACAACAUUAAAACCACCUGCCUAAUAUCGUGUAGGUCCCGCUUGUGCCACUGUUACUUUAAAGCCGUUUAAAGCUAUGUCCUAGCUUUAGUAGUGUAGUAGUAAUACGAGCGAUCACGUAGUGCUGAUGAAUGAAAAUUGUCUGACACUGACUCAUUUCACAUCAACUGACUGGCUUAUAAUACACACAAAAAUGGUCUUUUGCCACCACCUGCUGGCUAAAAUAUUAAAUGUCACAAAAUUCAAUGUGAGGGGACACAACGUUGUAACACACGACGGACAUGCCCGUAAUUCUCUCUCUCUCUCGAACCAUCGUCACCGUCCGUCUUUAUCCCUCGCGCGCCUCAUCAGGCCGAUUGGGGACCGGGCGCCCUCCGCUCCACACACGUAUGCACUGCUUUGUACUUUUGUUUAGAAUGGCAUGAAUACAAGCGAAGUGAUACACACAUUGAAGCGUCAGAUUGCUUAUGGUUUGAGACCUGAGACCAUCAGUACUCCUUGAACAUCUCUCGUUCAAUCAGAUUUGUGGAAAUAACUAAGUGUGUGUAUGUGUAUAUAUGUAUAUAUAUUACAUACAGUACUGUGCAAAAGUCUUAGGCACAUAAGAUGUUUCACAUUUGUCUUAAGAUGAUUUAUCUUCAGCUUUAGUGUGUAAAUAGGAAAUAUACAUUUUAGAACAUUCCUUUUGCAAAUAGAAUAUAAAAUAUUAGAAGAACAGGGAGCCCUGCAACAUGAUGGCAUGGCCCCCACAGAGCUCCCCACUGAACAUUGAGUCAGUCUGGGAUUACAUGCAACUGGGGCAAAUUCUCCAAGAAGCUUGGAACAUCCUAUCUGGAAACAGCCAUGAAAAACAGUGUCAAGGUGUACUUUGGAAAACUGGUGCUGUUUGAAGGAAAAUAUUUAUUUGUCGUUUUUAUUUAUUUUUAUUUUUUUUUGAUGUUAACUGGACUUUGUUUUAUGUUAAUUGAGAAACGAAAGCUAUUUGUGGCAUUAUUUUUGAAGACAUCCUCACUAUGCAAAUUGUUUUACAAGUGCCAAAUACUUUUGCACAGUACUGUAUAUAAAUUCUAUAUAUUAUAUUUAAACACAAUUUAUAAAAAUGGAACUCAUAUUAGUCAGCUUUCUUUUAUCUUGACAUCACAUAUAAAGAUAAAGUUCAACCUCAUGUUGUCUUGUGUUCCACGAAAGAAAGUCAUACAAGUUUGGACAACAUGAGGGUGAGUAAUUGAUGACAGGGUGAACUAGCCCUUUUAAAUUACUAUGGGGUAAAUGUUAAAUAAUUCCAUUCCUUUGGUUUAAGCAGAUGUUACCAAGAGCUCAGAAGGUAUUGUAUAUUGAGCCAACUGAUAUAUCUAAAUUCUGAUUAGGAAUGGAAAAAAUGGAGACAAACGUCCUUUGUCUUCUACAUUUAUGGUAAUGUUCAGGCUUCACACACAGCCACAACAUGUGAUCGGUUUGCAGAAAUUGUGUUUACAGUACAUUUGUGGUACAUUUAGUGAAAAUUAUAGUGAAAAAGUGCCAGGUCUGCCAGCUUUGUAGUAUGAAAGCAGUAACGAGGUCCAUGUGAAUACUGACAUGGUUCUAAGUGUUUUAUAGUUCAAUGUUUUAGGAUGUUUCCCUAUAAAAUGUAAUUUUGUGCUAUUCGUGUUGAGACUUUGCCAGUGAUUUCAAAGUUAAUAGUACAUCAAUGAUACAUGAAUAUGGACAAUAUCUGCAGAGUUCUGUGGUUUAAAUGCAAUAACACCUAUUAUGGCCUGUAGCUCACAAUUCUUCAUUAGCUUCCAUUAUUUUGUUCUAUAUUAAGACGUAUGGCCUUCCCAAUCCUCCGUUUCUUCUAUGCCUUAGGCAGAGAUGUAAUUGGGUACAUUUAUGAAGCUCUGCUUUACAGUCCACAUAUUAUGUGGCAAACCUUGCAUUUUUACAUUACAAAGUGGUUAAACAAUCACCUGAAAUCUAGCUUUAAGUGUGUUUUGUGUAUUAGUUAGAUUGAGUGGAAAGAUGUAUAUGUAAAUUGGAAGAUGUAAGUUGAGCAUAUGAUCAUCCACUAAAAGUCACGUGAGACCGCGGGUCUAUU